AUGGAGCAGGCAGCGCGGCCUGCGGUAGUUAGUGAUGACCUCGGAGCUUAUAUUAAGGCGGAGGCAACCUGGGCGGCGACCGAGCUCAAGAAUGCUCGAUUGGCUGUGCUGUUAACAUGCCAUUCGUCCUCCAUUGCGGCCUUGAUUUGCAUCUGCCGCCCCUGGCUCCUUGUGCUGUGCUCCGAGGACGACGACCGCUGUUACAUCGCGUACCAGCUGGUUGUCCCAGUGUUGGAACUUGGAGCUGUCAUGGUGGAGAUCAUAUCUCUUUUCUCUUUGCUGGGCGUCUUCAGCUUGAAGCCGCCUGAUAUUCGGGUGGCACCACAGCCGGGCCGCCGGGCAGGAAGCGUGAGACUGAUGACUCGCGCGGAUACUCUUACCGAAGCAUGGUGGGCCACUGCGCGGGAGCUGGCUUCAAGGAGCGUGUCCCUGGAGCAGCUUCUCCGUUUCUGGGGCGAGCUCGGCAGUGAAGGACUCAUGCCGCACUACGACACCGAGCGUUCGACUACCAACGAUGUGGUUCGACAGGCUAUCAUUCCCAAGUCGCGCAGACCCGACGGUGGAGACUGCUUGGCGAAGGUGUUCCAGGAAGGCGGCGAAGUGAUGCCUCCAAAAGCAAUGGUUACGCAUUCCUGGCGCAACAACUUCAGAGACCUAGUAGCUGCAAUCAUAGCCGAUGCGGGCAAGAAGGACGAGUACUGGCGCGUCGCGGGCAAGCUCAAAGGCAGCCCAAUAGAUGCUGCCAGAGAAGUGGAUAAACUCCUGUGGAAGCUGCAUGGAAACGAGCAUCGCUACUGGAUUUGCGCGUUCUGUGUCAACCAGCACGCCAGCAUUUGUGGUGGCUAUGCAGAUCCCCCACCCAUCGCGGAUGCGAGCGCAUACAAGAG